AUGCCCGAUUCGCCACCUGGCGGCAGGACUAUCGAUGGCCCUAGUAGUACGAGUCUAGAGUCGAAAAACAAGAGUCUUGUCCAGCUGGCGAGAAACUCUAGUUCUAGCAUAGCUGACGCCAUUCCGGAUCAAUAUGGCCCUAACGUGCAGGAAGGCCAGCCUGAUGCAAUUACAAGUGACUCGACCCAGGAAAUUGACAUAUUCGAAGUCGCUUGGGAUAACGAUGGCGCCGAUCCCCUUUCGGAAUUCCAUAACAGGCGAGUGUUUUCUGUCCUAGGUCUCUCGGCCUAUGUGCUAGGUAUUGGCAUCGGUCCCAUGUUUCUGGGGCCCCUUAGCGAGUUCUAUGGACGUCGACCACUGUACCUGUUGUCCUGGACAGCCUAUCUCCUCUGGCAGAUCCCACAAGCGGCCUCGAAUCACAUUGCCAUCUCCCUCGUCUUCCGCUUCUUGUCUGGCUUCUCUGGUAGUACAUUUUUUACUGUGCCGGGGGCUCCCAUGGCUCUAUUCUCUAUCGCUCCGUUUCUGGGCCUGAGUUUGGGACCUCUUAUCGGAGGCUUCAUUAACUAUAAUGUCGACUGGAGAUGGAUAUACUAUGUCCUGAUUAUUUGGGUGUUUGCUCUGUGGUGGUGUAUUUUCUUUCUUGUCCUAGAAACCUAUCAUCCCAUCCUACUUAAACAAAAAGCCCGCAGGCUGAGGAAAGAGAGGAACGACGACAGAUUCUUUGCCCCGAUAGAAAAGGUCAAAAGAUCAGUCUUGCGAGCUAUCGCUAUGUCUUCAGCACGGCCCUUUCAACUGCUUGCGUUCGAGCCUAUGUGCCUCACUCUGAGUCUCUUCUCGGCUCUCCUUCUCGGCAUCCUGUAUCUUUUCUUUGGUACCUUUCCGCUUAUAUUUGGAACGACAUAUGGCUUCAACCAAUGGCAAUCAGGCCUUGCGUUUAUCGGUAUUAUGAUCUCCAUGCUGUUCGGCGUAGCAACGGACCCUAUCUGGCGCAGAAUCCGCGUCUAUCUCAUAGAGAAGCACGACCGAGAGACCGGCGUCGAGAAUAUUAGCGAGCCUGAGUUCAGGCUUCCACCAGCAAUUCUUGGGUCGCUACUGGUGCCAAUUGGACUCUUCAUGUUUGCGUGGACUUCACGCCCAUGGAUACACUGGAUCGUGCCUAUUAUCGGGUCUGCGAUAUUUGGGGCUGGUAAUGCGCUGAUAUUGACUGGAAUAUUUACAUUUCUUGUUGAAGCUUAUCCUGUCUAUGCAGCGAGUACUCUUGCAGCCAACUCAUUUGUGCGUAACCUUUUUGCUGCUGGCCUGCCUCUAUUCGGAAAUCAAAUGUACACGAAAAUGGGUUACCAAUGGGCUUCAUCUUUGAUAGCCUUUCUCACUCUUGCCUUGAUGCCGUUACCAUAUAUUUUCCUCAUAUACGGAAAAAAGAUCCGAGCGAAGAGCCGCCACGCCAGAAGAUAUUAA